UAUAGGACAACAACGUAGUGCACAUGAGGCGCAGUACCUGGUCGUAGAUACCGUUUUUCCACCCUUUAGUUAUAUUGUAUUAUAGUGUUUCGUGGAUAGUGACAACAUCAGCAGUUAGUAUGGGUAAAAAGAAAGCAGGAGGAGGAGGAGGAGGAGGAGGACUGGGCAGAUCUCUGAUAAAGGAGAGACUCCAGGCAGGCCGAGGAAGCAAGAGGGGCGACUCAUGGCUCCACACCAGUGAGCUGAAUGAUGGCUAUGACUGGGGACGGCUGAACCUGCAGUCAGUGACAGAACAGAGUUCGAUGGAUGACUUUCUGGCCACUGCUGAAUUGGCAGGAACAGAGUUUGUUGCAGAGAAACUCAACAUCAAGUUUGUGCCAGCAGAAGCUAGAGCAGGGUUAUUAACAGCUGAGGAGAGAACCAGGCUGAAGAAGCUGCAUGAAGACAACAAGCAUUUCCUCAGAAUUCCUCGACGCCCACAAUGGGAUGACAGCACCAGUCCAGAGGCGCUUCAGCAAGCAGAGAAAGACAGCUUCUUGGAGUGGAGACGGAAGCUUGCACAACUAGAAGAGGAGCAGAAGUUAUUUCUCACCCCGUUUGAGAGGAACCUGGAGUUCUGGAGACAACUGUGGAGAGUGAUCGAGAGGAGUGACGUGGUCGUUCAAAUUGUUGAUGCCAGAAAUCCGUUGCUGUUCAGAUGUCCUGACCUGGAGUUGUACGUAAAGGAAGUGUCAGAGCAUAAAGUGAAUAUGCUGUUGAUGAAUAAGGCAGACCUGCUGACCAGGGAGCAGAGGCGAGCCUGGGCCAGAUACUUCCAGAAAGAGGGGCUGAGGGCAGUUUUCUGGUCUGCCCUGGCUGAGAGCGAAAGACUGGAUGCAGAGGAAAAGGGCAUGGAAGUGGAUAAUCAAGAGUGCGGAGAGAGUGACCCAGAACAGGAAGGACAGCCAGACAAUGAAGUGUCGACCCAAAAAGGGGCAGAUGGAGAGGAGGAGAUGAAGGAGGAGGUGGAUGGAGAGGGAGAAGAAAGUGGUACAGAGGAAGACCAGCAGGAAAAGAUAUCUGUAGAGGAGGAGGACUGGCACACCUGCUCGGAGGGUGAGGAAGAGGAAGGGACUGCCGGUUCAUCCAGCGACUCCUUGUUCCGCAACUCCAGCCGUCUGCUGCGUAAGGACGAGCUGCUGGACAUGUUUAAGGCUGUUCACAAUGGGCCCAGGUGGAAAGAUGGACAACUGACAGUGGGACUGGUUGGGUAUCCUAAUGUGGGAAAGAGUUCCACCAUCAACACUAUUCUAAGGAAUAAGAAGGUGUCCGUUUCAGCCACUCCCGGACACACAAAGCACUUUCAGACGCUGUAUGUGGAGCCGAGCCUGUGCCUCUGUGACUGCCCAGGGCUGGUCAUGCCCUCCUUUGUUUCUACCAAAGCCGAGAUGAUCUGCUCUGGGAUCCUGCCCAUUGACCAGAUGAGAGAUCACGUUCCCGCAGUCUCCCUUAUAUGUCAGACGAUCCCUCGGCUCGUGUUAGAAGGCACCUAUGGCAUCAACAUCAUCCGACCACGAGAAGACGAAGACCCUGACAGACACCCCACCCAUGAGGAGCUGCUGAUGGCUUAUGGAUACAUGAGAGGCUUUAUGACGUCGCACGGCCAGCCAGAUCAGUCCAGAUCAGCCCGGUACAUCUUGAAGGAUUAUGUCAGCGGCAAGCUUCUGUACUGCCAUCCUCCUCCACAUAUUAAUGUUGAAGACUUCCAGCCACAGCACAAGAAGUUCCUGAACAGAGACUCAGAAAGCUGUGACCUAUCCGCAUCAAACAAACAACAGAAAAUCAGGAGAAUUGAAAAUGUGGUUGACAAGAACUUCUUCCACCAGGAGAAUGUGCGGGCGCUCUCCAAGGGGGUUCAGUCUGUCAUGGGCUACAAACCAGGCAGUGGACCUGUCGGCCCAGCAAAGGCUGGAUCAGAGGUGGUUGUGGGAAAACCCUGGAAAAAACACGGCAACAAGAACAAGAAGGAGAAAGUACGCCGUCUUACCAAGCAUCUGGACGCCUGAGGAUGAUCUGAUAUCAGAACACUUUAAAUUACAGAUCAUUUCAGCAGGAAUGGGAAAAUCCUCAAUUACAAUUCACAUGUGAUUCCAACGGAAUUAAUGCUGAGCGGUAUCUGUAGGUAUCAGGCCCCUUAAUCCCAUGAGUAUGGAAAGGUCAGGCUGCCUUUGAUAUUAACAAGUGAGGUGCAUAAUCAUGUACUGCUCUGGUUAGAAGAUCAUAUUGGUGCAAAGCAUUCCAACUGGAUCACCAGUUUGUACUUCACAUCCCACCACAGUGUUUGAAAUGGACUCAACAUCCAGAGGUUGUGAAUUUUCUAAGAGAUUGAAAAGGACAUUUUCAAUUUGUGUUUUCAAGCAAUUUCAAAAGACACAUUAUAAACCAAAUAAAUGACUAUAUGUUGGACACGGUUUUCAUCCAUAUAAGGUUGUGAUUAAUGUAAUUAAGCCGGAUUAUGAAAUAAAUUGAGGUUUUCAUG